CUUCCGAGAUCGCUUUCAGUUGUGGCGCGCAAAUCCCGGCUACUGUCAGCUGUUUCCCAUCCCCAAUUAGUUCCAACCCAAUAGAUUAGAAUUCCCAAGAAGAAGAAGAACCAAAACAAAGUGGAUUGAAUAUGUCGCACUUACGGAAAGAGGUUCUCAGGCAAUUCAAAAAUCUGCAUCGCACAGUUCAGCACACGUUCCAAGGAGACAGUCGCGCGAUACUUCUAACCCGGUCCCAGGUCAAUGAGCACUUUCAGAAAAAUAAAAACAUCUCAGACGAAGGAGAAAUCAAAAAGCUGCUGAAACUUGCGCGGGAUGUGGAAGUAGAACUGAAGACAAAUGUGGUGCAGGCGGUGGAAACGGAGCCGGGCGUUUUUCAAGUACGAGUUACAGAACAUACGCCUCUGCUUGAUAACGUGAUGUUCGAUGAGAAUGCCAAACUUGAGGUGCGAAAAGGCGCGAAAUGCUGUUCUGAGAAAGAGAAGUAGAUCAAGCUUUUUUGAUUAAUUGUAAAUAAACUCGUAGAAAUUUGUUAUUUAUUUAAACUCAA